UCGGCUCUCCGUCCUCGCCAAUAUGGCGGCGCCCAGCACCCGUCUCAACUGUGAGGAUUUUGCCGAAUUCCAGGAGUUGCUCAGGGUGAUGAGAACAAUUGAUGACAGAAUAGUUCAUGAGUUAAACACAACUGUUCCAACUGCUUCUUUUGCGGGAAAAGUUGAUGCUAGCCAAACUUGUAAGGAACUUCAUCAGUCUCUGUCAGAGGCUCAUACAAGUAGAGAAAGACUCAUCAAAAGCUGCAUUGCUCAGACAUCUAAUGUAGUAAAAGUUCUCCAGGAAGAGAGAAAAACAUCUCUGGAGGACAUAGACUUGUUAAAGAGGCUCAGAAAGGAGCAAACAAAAUUGAAAUUAAUGCAGUCAGAGCUGAAUGUUGAAGAAGUGGUAAAUGACAGAAGCUGGAAGGUAUUUAAUGAACGCUGCCGAACUCAUUAUAAGCCUCCGAAGAGUCAGUGAAGCGAGUAUGUGAUCAGGAGCUUCCCUGGAAAGUGGACUUGAAUCAUGCCAAACAUACUGGAGAAGAGACAUGGAACAAGCUACGUGGGACCUUUUAAGGAGAAAAACACACACACAACCAGAUCUGUAGAGUUCAUCCCAGUGAUUGAUUUUUUCUAAUUAAGAUAAUCUAACUGUUAUUUUGUACAAGAUGUAUGGGAAACAUUUUAUUAAAAAAAAUCA